AUGGGUAACUUACAAAGCGUUAAGAAAUCAUUAAUUAGAUUUAAAAGAAGAUCCCCUAAACAUUCUACCGAAAAAACUAAAUAUAACGCUCCAGAAACGAUGACAGCAGAAAUAGAACAUUCGUAUCCUCAAUCUGCUUCAACAUUUUAUUAUAUAGAUGGAAGAAGAUAUUUAGAUAAUUCAUCUUAUUCAUUACCUAACGAUGAUGAAGAAAUCGAUAGAUUACAGAUGCAACAUUAUUUAGCAAGAUAUAUUUUACAAUCUAAUUUUUGUGCACCUGUUAAUAAUAGGUUAAAGAGUGGUGCCAAAGUUUUAGAUGUUGGAUGUGGACCAGGAACAUUUACCUUGGAAAUGGCAUAUGAUUAUCCCAAUUCACAUUUCAUAGGAAUUGAUAUAAAUCCAAUGUUUCCAAAAGAGAUUAAACCAAGAAAUGUUGAAUUUGAAGAAGCAGAUGUUCUAGAGGAUUUACCCUAUGCUGAUGAAUCUUUUGAUUUUAUAGUAAUAAGGAAUAUGAUAACUUCGUUUACUGUACAUGACUGGGAAAGUAAAAUAUGGAAAGAAUUGAUUAGAGUACUUAAACCUGGAGGUUAUAUUGAGAGUACAGAGUUCGAGAUUCCAGCAAUAAACAAGGGCCCAGUAACUUUUAGAAAGAGCGAAGCAUGGAUCGCAUUAAUGAAGACGAAAAAUAUUGAUUUAACAAUGACAACACGUUUAGAGGACAUAUAUAAAUCCACAAUAUUGAAAAAUAUUGAACAUAAAUCAAAAAUGAUUCCAGUUGGUACUUGGGGUGAUCGUAUUGGUAAAAUUAUGACUGAUGAUUUUGCAAUGUUAGCAAAAGCGAUGUGCCCUGUUUUAAGGCCACUUUGGGGUAUAACUCAAGAACAAUAUAAUGAAUUUAGUGAAGCUUUUGUAAAAGAAUUUAAUGUGUAUAAAACUUAUUGUAAUAUUCAUGUAGUGUUUGGUCAAAAACCUGAUACGUAA